AUGCUCGCAUCUCGAUCGAUUGCAGCCAUUGCUUCGCGUCCUGCCUUGUAUACAGCUCGUCGUCUUGUCACCACUGAAGUGACUCGUCCUGAACAUACGCCUGCUGCUGUCGAUUCCGUCUCGGGUGCUCCUGAGGAACUUACCACUGAGCGUAUGGUCCGUAUCUUUGCUCCUGCUAAGCCUGCUACUCAAUCCGGCAGAAACAACACCCGCACUUGGCGUAUCGACUUUGACAUCUUGCCCGAUGCUGACCGCUGGGAAAAUCCUUUGAUCGGUUGGGCUUCUAGUGCUGAUACUCAGCAAGCUUUGCAAAUCAAGUUCCUCUCCAAGGAGGAGGCCAUCAGCUUUGCUGAGCGACAAGGCUGGAGCUACUACGUUCAAGAGCCUAAGAAGGCCAAGUUUGUCAAGAAGGCUUACGCUGACAACUUCAAGUACAACCCCAACAAGCUUAGAUUGAUCAAGACCAAAUAA